CCGCCUUUCGCCCGCCCUCUCCUUUUUACCAGAACCUCCACCACAUCAGCGAAACCCCAUGACUCUCUCGCCUGCCGAACAUGCCUCCAGCCAGGAGGGCUCCCGGGUGACCAUGCCCGAAGAGCGGUCAUCCAUCUUCCCGUGAACUCCCACCACCCACGCCAAGAAGAGGCUGCUGGACUACCUCUACACCCAGUAUACCAUCGCUGACAAGCGGAUCAAGAAGGCCUCUUACGGACAGGUUGCCACCAUGGUCCUUGACUUUAUGAACAAGGGGACCGUCCCUGUGGAGAGUGACCUCAAUGCCUUCUUUGGUGGCUAUGAUCAACACUCGCGCUUCGAUCGCGCCAACAUGCUAGCCCUGGCGGCGGUGGUGGUGUCCUUCGGCGUCUUGGCCGAGAACCCGGCCUGGGAGCUCGGCGCGCGGCUGAUGGCCCUGGACAAGGAGCUUGAGAUGCCCUUUGACAGGCACAUGGCCAAGUAUAAGGUGUCCGGCAUCUUGGAUGACGAGCUCGACAUGGUGAUCCGCGAUGCCCUUGCGAUUGAGCCAUUCAUGCCUUUCUUCGUGGGUGCUAGCUACUUUGUUCGUUGCUGCAUCCCCCUGCUGGGCCUCAUGAAUGAUUAUUGGGACAUUGAGAAGAUGAAGAAGAAACUGCAGCGGGAUUCCUUCAGUCUCACUGUCUGGUCCCAAAGUUACAAGCCCCUUCGCUCGGUCGGCUGGCGGCCGGUGGCAUUCACGAACCUGGCAAGCAUCAAUUUGCUGCAUUAUGCCAUCCGCCAGGUCGGCAUCGAACCGCACCCCGUGGCCGCCACCGCGGGCCCGGAGUACCCAAUGUACGAGCGCCCGGCCGGUGUGCAGGUCGUGUGGGUCGAUACGCCUGCCGCGGCCGAGGCAUUCUGCGCCAUGCUCCACCGCCAGGGAGGCAUCUCGGCCCUCGACACCGAGUCCAUCCCGAACGCCCAGUCCAAGGUGCCGGCACUGGUGCAGGUGUGCCUGACGCCGCUGCCGGCCGAAGCGCUUGGCCGGCUGACUUGGCACGGUGUCGCCGCGGCACUCCGGCGCUCGGUGGUCUUCCUCUUCAGCAUGGCCAAGCACCCGGACUUGGCGACUGCCUGCUUGCGGGAGUACCUCACGGUGCAUGACCAGCACCGGUCGUGGGUGAACCUUGUUUACAACUACUCGAGCGAUGUGGUCCCACUGGCCAGCUAUCUCCAAAUGCCUGGGGACAUGCCGUCCUUCAUCGACUUGGCGGACCAUCCGACGCAGCCUUCGGACAACAAAAAGCCCAGCACACAGCACCGCCCCAGCUUGGGGGGCUAUCCGGCGGACAUCCCGCCGGAGUAUGCCGGGCACAUGCACACCGUGCCGGCCCCCUUGCGCGAUUGGGGGCAUCCCUUCCCAGGGAUUUCCGACUCGAAAGGCCUCAAAGGUCUCAAGGGCAUGGUGGCAUUCUGCUUUGGCGUGCUGCUGGACAGCUCUUGGACCAUGGCCGACUGGAGCCUCUGGAAGGAGGACAUGCAUCCUGCUCAGGUGGACUACGCGGUCAACGAUGCGGUGGUCCUGGUGGAGCUGUUCCUGCGCUACCGCGCUGCCUACCAGCAGAAGCAUCUGGCCGAUGGGCAGAGAAACAGGCCCACGCGUGAGCAGCAAGACCGCCGGCCCGGUGCUCCGGCCAGCGGCCAGCAUGGCGGCGGCCAGCGCGCCGGCCGGGACAAUGCAUCGGGCCGCGGCGGCCACCGGCGCCCACAGCCGGCCGCCGGCCAGCGUUCGCCGCAAUGACAGCCGCCCGGGCCGGUCCCAAACCUGCGAGGGGCAGAGACAAGGCGCUCUGUGAAAGCCACUCUCGCGGGCAGCCCCGAGCCAAGAUACACCCAUUGGGUCUGGUGAGCUUUUUGUUUUGUUUUUUUUUUCCUGCACAUUUGCGUCUUGGGCCAACCUGCCAGAGUUGGGGGGGGGGGACAAGGGAGGGACCGGCGGAGAUUCUCAUGCGUGGAUGUAUGUGCGGGGAUGUGGGCAUGGUCCACGGGGCCCCGUCGGCGUUGGCCUCUCCGGGGGACGGUGGGCAGCAGGGGAACAGGGCUGGGGCCGCCUCGACGGGCGGAUGCCCGGGGACCAACAUCGGGGGGUGCUGAUCUCGCCUUGCCACAUGAGUUCACGUGCUUAAUGGACGCCCGGAGCUUAAUUCAGUCCGCCGGUCUGGGCGGCUGGAGCCAUGCGCAUUCCCGGGAACGGCCAUCGGGCGCCGGCUCCUUCCGUCUGGGCCUCGUGGGCGACGGCACCGGAUCCGCACAGGCCGGCCCACCGGCAUCCUAGGCGGGGCUUUCCCGCCGCCGCGCGCCGCCCGUCCCCCUGCCGUCCUCCCUGCUGGUCUGGCUCCUCCCAGGGAGGAGGCAAAAAUACAAGGCAACACGCCCGAGCACGGCGCGGCUGUGAAAUGCCUCCUCCUGGCCCGGCCAGGCGGCCGCCGGCCGGGACGUGCCUCGUCAGGGGCCGGGCCGGCAGCUCCGGGGUUGUCCCCAUGCAUGGUCGUUCUCCGGUUCGGGACGCCUCCAUCGCGAGCGAUGCGGCCGGGGCGCGCGGGGCGCCCCGUGCACAGGCAAGACCGGGUACCGCGGCAGCUGGCCGGCCCCGGCGCCCCGGGUAUCCAAGGCCUCCGGGAGGCCGGAAUGCGGCAUGCCCUUUUUGCUUCUUCCUUCGGCCGACGCGCCGGCCUGCGCGCCAGGCUACACCCUCCCCUCGGCCGGGGCCUUCCCCUCGGCCGGCGCAUAGCUGGACCGGCGGCCGCCCGGUCCAGAGCCCGGAUGAGGGGGGCGUGGGGAGGGGGGCGGGGGGAGGGGGGCGGGGGGGGGGGGGCGUG